AUGAAUCAGAUGCUGGUCACUGAGUUCCUCAUCCUGGGAUUCUCAGAAACACCUCGCCUGCGAGGGCUUCUCUUCCUCGGCUUCCUCUGCCUCUACACUGCUGCCCUCUCUGGAAACCUGCUCAUAGUGAUGGCCAUCAGCGCCAGCCCAGCCCUGCACACCUCCAUGUACUUCUUCCUGGUGAACCUGGCUGCAGUGGACAUCCUCUGCACCUCCACCAUCCUGCCCAAGCUGCUGGACUGCAUGGUGGCUGGGAGGACCAUCUCCUAUUGGGGCUGCAUGGCCCAGCUCUUCUUCUUCACCUGGUCAAUGGGAGCUGAGCUGUUGCUCUUCUCUGCCAUGGCCUAUGACCACUAUGUGGCCAUCUGCUGGCCACUGCACUACAGCACGCGGAUGGACACUCGGGUUCGUGCGCUCCUGGCCAUGGCUGUGUGGACCAUCAGUCUGACCAACACCAGUGUGCACACUGGCCUCAUGCUGCACCUGCCAUUCUGUGGCUCCAACGUGGUCGAACACUUCUUCUGCGAGAUCCCCCCACUUCUGAAGCUCUCCUGCGCCCCGACAUGCCUGAACGAGGCCAUGGCCUUCACUGUAGAUGUGUUCCUGGCUGUGGGGAACUUCUCAGUGACAGUCCUCUCCUAUUGCUUCAUCGUGGCCAGUGUCCUGCAUAUCCGCUCGGCCGAGGGCAAGCGGCGUGCCUUCUCCACCUGCUUUGCCCACCUCGUGGUGGUCACCAUGUACUACUCCACUGUCGUCUACACCUACAUCCGCCCCUCGUCCAGCUACUCACUGCAAAAGGACAAAGUGGUGUCUGUCAUCUACACGUCUGUGGCACCCACCCUGAACCCUGUCAUCUACACUUUGAGGAACAAGGACGUGAAAGUCGCGCUCAGGAGACUUCUGUCUUGCAGCUGA